AUGGAUGAACUACUCGAGAAGGAUAGCCAAUUGGAAGCGGCAAUCUCUGAAAUUGAAGUUAAGGAAAAUCUCUUGGUUGAGAAGAGCAGCGCUCUGGAAGCUGAACGACUCCGUUCUGAGUCCCUGGCCAACGAACUUGCGGCUCUGCGCUUCCUGCAACAGACUAAUUCAAGUCCAGAAGCGCAGCCGGCUUCGCCUCCCCAACCUGCCGCCGAGGUCUCUUUACCUCAGGACAGGUCAGAGUCAGAACCCCCUACGGCCAUCGUCAACCAACAUCCUCUUCAAGCCACUACCACUGCUGUUUCUCGGAUGGAACUUGUGACUCCGGAUCAAACAGCAAGGACUCGGUCCACCUCGGACCAUCGCGACUGUUUGGACCCAGGCUCUACCUCAGGGUCCAAUACUCCGUCUCUGGCCAGUUCUAGGGUCUCUGACAAUCCCUCGGACGGUUCCCCGUCCUUGGUCUUCCCCAUCUUCCGCCACCCUCAGCAUUCUCCUCCCUCUGACCAUGCUAAGGGUAAACGAGGGAAGAAGAAGCCAUUGGCCAGCCGUGGAGCCCCCUGCUCCACAGCAGGGCCAUGA